CGCGCCCCUCCACACGAGAACUAGUUUUGUUCCGUGUCCUCCGGGCAGGAGCCCUUCGGAGAGAACCCGGGCCAGACCCACCCGAUACCCGCCAGCACCUCAGCAAUGUCCAGCAACAGCUUCGCUUACAAUGAGCAGUCCGGAGGAGGGGAGGCGACGGAGCUGGGACAGGAGGCUACCUCAACCAUUUCCCCCUCCGGCGCCUUCGGCCUCUUUAGCAGCGAUAUGAAGAAGAAUGAAGAUCUAAAGCAAAUGUUGGAAAGCAACAAAGACUCAGCAAAAUUGGAUGCUAUGAAAAGAAUUGUUGGGAUGAUUGCGAAAGGGAAAAAUGCAUCUGAACUGUUUCCUGCUGUUGUGAAGAAUGUGGCCAGUAAAAAUAUUGAGAUCAAGAAGUUGGUAUACGUUUAUCUUGUUCGAUAUGCUGAAGAACAGCAGGAUCUGGCUCUCUUGUCCAUAAGUACUUUUCAGCGAGCUCUGAAGGAUCCAAAUCAACUAAUCCGUGCAAGUGCUUUGAGAGUUCUUUCAAGUAUUAGAGUGCCGAUUAUUGUACCUAUUAUGAUGCUCGCUAUUAAGGAUGCUUCAGCUGAUUUAUCACCAUAUGUUAGGAAGAAUGCAGCCCAUGCCAUACAGAAAUUGUAUAGUCUUGACCCAGAGCAGAAGGAAAUGCUAAUUGAAGUAAUUGAAAAACUUCUGAGAGAUAAAAGCACACUCGUAGCUGGGAGUGUUGUGAUGGCUUUUGAAGAAGUAUGCCCGGAUAGAAUAGAUUUGAUUCACAAGAAUUACCGCAAGCUAUGUAAUUUACUAGUUGAUGUAGAAGAGUGGGGGCAGGUUGUUAUAAUCCACAUGCUAACUCGGUAUGCUCGUACGCAGUUUGUCAGUCCUUGGAAAGAGGAUGAUGUCCUAGAGGACAAUGAAAAAAGUUUCUAUGAAUCUGAUGAUGAAGAAAAGGAAAAGACAAGCAAAAAGAAGAAACCAUAUAUUAUGGAUCCAGACCAUAGGCUUUUAAUUCGGAAUACAAAACCUUUGCUUCAGAGCAGGAAUGCAGCGGUGGUUAUGGCUGUUGCUCAACUGUAUUGGCAUAUAGCACCAAAAUCAGAAGCUGGUAUUAUUUCUAAAUCACUAGUGCGUUUACUCCGUAGCAAUAGGGAAGUACAGUAUAUUGUUCUACAGAAUAUAGCAACUAUGUCAAUUCAAAGAAAGGGUAUGUUUGAACCGUAUCUGAAGAGUUUCUAUGUUAGGUCAACUGAUCCAACUAUGAUCAAGACACUGAAGCUUGAAAUUUUGACAAACUUGGCAAAUGAAGCCAAUAUAUCAACUCUUCUUCGAGAAUUUCAGACCUAUGUGAAAAGCCAGGAUAAACUAUUUGCAGCAGCCACUAUUCAGACUAUAGGAAGAUGUGCCACCAACAUCUCUGAAGUCACUGAAACAUGCCUCAAUGGCUUAGUGUGCCUGCUGUCCAACAGGGAUGAAAUAGUUGUUGCUGAAAGUGUGGUUGUAAUUAAGAAAUUAUUGCAAAUGCAACCUGCACAACAUGGUGAAAUUAUUAAACACAUGGCCAAACUUUUGGACAGCAUCACUGUUCCUGUGGCUAGAGCAAGUAUUCUUUGGUUAAUAGGAGAAAACUGUGAAAGAGUGCCUAAAAUUGCUCCUGAUGUUUUAAGGAAGACAGCUAAAAGCUUCACUAGUGAAGAUGACCUUGUAAAACUGCAAAUUUUAAACCUGGGAGCAAAAUUGUAUUUAACCAACUCCAGACAGACAAAAUUGCUUACCCAGUACAUAUUAAAUCUCGGCAAGUAUGAUCAAAACUACGACAUCAGAGACCGUACAAGAUUUAUUAGGCAGCUUAUUGUUCCGAAUGAGAAGAGUGGAGCUUUAAGUAAAUAUGCCAAAAAAAUAUUCCUAGCGCAAAAACCUGCACCACUGCUUGAAUCUCCUUUUAAAGAUAGGGAUCAUUUCCAGCUUGGCACUUUAUCUCAUACUCUCAACUCUAAAGCUACUGGGUACCUGGAAUUAUCUAAUUGGCCAGAGGUGGCGCCUGACCCAUCAGUUCGAAAUGUAGAAGUAAUAGAGUUGGCAAAAGAAUGGUCUCCAACAGGAAAAGCAAAGAAAGAGAAUCCUGCUAAGAAAUUUUAUUCUGAAUCUGAGGAGGAAGAGGACUCUUCUGAUAGCAGCAGUGACAGUGAGAGUGAAUCUGGAAGUGAAACUGUUGAAGAAGACGAGAAAGGAAACAGCAGUGACAGCAGUGAGGACUCCUCCAGUGAGUCUGAGAGCGAGACUUCAAGCGAAUCAGAUGUGAAAAGCAAGAGAACAGCCAAGAAGAAUGCUAAAACCAAAGGGAAAAGUGAUUCUGAAGAAGGGGAGACAAAAAAUGAAAAAUCUAAAACUUCAGAUUCUUCUAAUGCUGAAUCUAGUUCAAUAGAAGAAAGUUCUUCAGAUUCUGAAUCAGAAUCUGAAUCUGAAAGUGAAUCUGAAUCCAGCAAAGUCACUAAGGAAAAAGAGAAGAAAUUACAAGAAAGAAAUCCUGUUACCAAAAAUGUCUCACUUCUAGAUCUAGAUGAUUUUAAUCAACUCUCCACUCCAGUUGCACUUCCCACACCAGCUCUUUCUCCAAGUUUGAUAGCUGAUCUUGAAGGUUUAAACUUGUCAACUUCUUCAUCAAUUGUUAGUGUUAGUACUCCUGUCUUUGUGCCAAUGAAAACCCAUGCGUUGCUUCAUCGAAUGAGUGGAAAAGGACUGGCUGCUGAUUAUUUCUUUCCAAGACAACCUUGUAUUUUUGGUGAUAAAAUGGUCUCUGUACAAAUAACUUUGAAUAAUACCACUGAUCAAAAGAUAGAAAAUAUCCACAUAGGGGGGAAAAAACUUCCUAUAGGCGUGCAGAUGCACGCUUUUGAUCCAAUAGAAUCUCUUGAGCCUGAGGGAUCCAUUACUGUUUCAAUGGGUAUUGACUUUUGUGAUUCCACUCAGACUGCCAGUUUCCAGUUGUGUACCAAGGAUGAUUGUUUCAGUGUUAAUAUUCAACCACCGGUUGGAGAACUGCUUUUACCUGUGGCCAUAUCAGAGAAAGAUUUCAAGAAAGAGCAAGGAAUGCUAACAGGAAUGAAUGAAACUUCUACUGUAAUCAUUGCUGCACCACAGAAUUUCACUCCCUCUGUGAUCCUUCAAAAGGUGGUAAAUGUGGCCAAUGUAGGUGUAGUCCCUUCUGGUCAAGAUAAUAUACACAGGUUUGCAGCUAGAACUGUGCACAGUGGUUCACUGAUGCUAGUCACAGUGGAACUGAAGGAAGGCUCUACAGCACAGCUUAUCAUAAAUACUGAGAAAACUCUGAUUGGUUCUGUUCUGCUGCGAGAGCUGAAGCCUGUCCUUUCCCAGGGGUAACCUGCUUACAUCUGGACUUCAGAAUCUGGCACACAACAAAAGUGCCUGGCAUCCACUACUGCUGCCUUUCAUUUAUAAUAAUAGCCCUUCCAUCUGGCUGUGGGGGAAGAAUACACUCUUGACAUUCUUGUCUCCUGCUUUAGGAUGCUAGUGUGUAUCUAUCAUGUAUGCAAUACUUUUUCCUCUUUUCGCUUUGCUAACCAAAGAACAUAUAUUUUACUGUCAGUUAUCUCAACUCUUAAAUCCAUGUGGCAUUUUCCCUAUCUUGCCACUCCUGGCCUUCUCGUAUUCCUUCUCUUUUUCAACAAUGAUGGACACGAAUUGGAUAUUCAAAGUUUAUUGGAAAUCAUCUUCCCUCCCUCACUGAGCUGAAAUUAACCUAGUAAUAGUCUAAAUGACCUCUCAGCUUUAUAUGUGAAAAUGGUACAGCAUACUUUUUAGUAUUAAAUGCAAAAACAGUAAGAUCUCUAAAAUCUUGUAUGAAUUUUGUGAUGUUGUAAUUGGUUAUUGACAACUGUCAUUAUUAAAUUAUCUAUCUCUGCAGAAGAUAAAAUAAACCAG